AAACCACAUAAAGGGUGCUCCCGUUCUUAUCCAAUCAAAAUUUCCGUUACAAAAAUAAAACCGGUGUGACGUCAUAUUAUUCUAUCACUGAUUCACAACAGUUUAACAGAGCAUACGGAUUUGAAUUGACGCCAUUUUCGCGACAUCCAGAAAGUCAAGGUGGGAUUUCCCAGGUAGUUAGCCAGAUCAGACAGGAUUUUUUACAUCAAUCAAGUGUCAACAGAAAAUCAGUUUCGUCAUACUUAUAUUAUAAUUCAAGUUGUCAGUGGAAAAGGAGAAUUGAACAAGUUAGGUGUCUGUCCUAUUUGGAAGGUUAUUGAAUUAAAAGGAAGGACAAGGUCACUUGUAUGAAUUACAAGCUGAUAAGUUGGGUUUAAUUUGGCACACUGGCUCAACUUUAUCACUGGCGUCUGUGUCAUAGCAGAAGACAUUUCCAUUUUAUAAGAACGUUCUAAACAACCAUGUUUCGUGUAAAGACUCUUUGGAGAUGUGCACGGCCAAGUGCAGUAGAGGGUUACAAGCUGGCUUGUCGAACAUGUUCUUCCCAAGCAGGAUCAAACAAAAGCGGUAGAAACUAUGCUACGCUUGCAGCAGCAGAGCCUUUCCUUAGUGGAAGUUCCUCUGUGUAUGUGGAAGAAAUGUAUAAUGCCUGGCAAACUGAUCCCAAUAGUGUUCACAAAUCAUGGGAUGCCUAUUUUCGUCAAAUAUCUCAAGGCGCCCCUCCAGGCACAGCAUAUGUUCGGCCACCAACUCUAGCGUCUACUGCAACCUUGGCACAGGGGUCUGUAGCACCUCAGUCAACACAGCUUACCAUGACAGAACCAGUUACUGACAAAGUUAUUGAGGAUCAUUUGUCUGUUCAAACUAUCAUCAGAUCUUAUCAGACACGGGGCCACAAUGUAGCGUCUUUAGACCCACUGGGAAUACUUGACGCAGAUUUGGACUCCGCAAUUCCAUCAGAACUUAUUCUCGAAAGCUAUUCACUCGGAGGACACGGCCACGUUAUUGAUAAUACAGAUCUGAACAGAGUAUUCCGUCUUCCAGAGACGACCUAUAUAGGUGGCAAGGAACAGUCAUUGCCAUUGAAAGAAAUCAUCAAUAGAUUAAAGACAAUUUACUGUGACCAUAUAGGCAUAGAGUUUAUGUUUAUAAACAACAGAGAGCAGACUGAUUGGAUUAAACAGAAGUUUGAGACACCUGGGGUACUGGAAUUUAAUGAUGAGGAGAAAAGACUUAUGCUGGCCCGUGUCAUUAGAUCUCAAAGGUUUGAAGAAUUUCUGGCUAGAAAAUGGUCAUCAGAAAAAAGAUUUGGUUUGGAAGGAUGUGAGGUCCUUAUACCUUCAAUGAAAACUGUGAUAGACAGCUCAAGUGCACUGGGUGUAGAAAGUAUUGUUAUUGGAAUGCCCCACAGAGGAAGAUUAAAUGUACUGGCUAAUGUAUGUCGUAAGCCUCUAGAGAAGAUAUUCUGUCAGUUUGAUUCCAAGUUGAAGGCUGAAGAUGAGGGUUCUGGUGAUGUAAAGUAUCAUCUUGGUAUGUCAGUUGAGAGGUUGAACCGGGUCACUAAUAAACAGAUUAAGAUUGCUGUCGUAGCUAAUCCCUCUCAUUUAGAAGCUGUAAACCCAGUGGUGCAGGGUAAAACAAGAGCUGAACAGUUCUACAGGGGUGAUACUGAUGGUAAAAAGGUUAUGAGUAUAUUAUUGCAUGGUGAUGCAGCUUUCUCAGGACAGGGAGUUGUCUAUGAGACAAUGCACUUAAGUGAUCUCCCAGCAUACACCACUCAUGGUACAGUGCACAUUGUUGCCAACAACCAGAUUGGGUUCACCACAGAUCCUAGGUCAUCCAGAUCUUCACCAUACUGUACAGAUGUAGCCAGAGUGGUGAAUGCUCCUAUCUUCCAUGUUAAUGCAGAUGACCCGCUGGCUGUAGCAUAUGUCUCAAAGGUUGCUGCAGAAUGGAGAGCUACUUUUGCUAAAGAUGUUGUCAUUGAUCUGGUAUCUUAUAGAAGGAAUGGCCACAAUGAAAUUGAUGAGCCAAUGUUUACACAGCCCCUCAUGUACAAACAGAUUGCUAAAACACCAACAGUGUUAGCUCAGUUCUCUGAGAAGUUGAUGGCCAGUGGUACAGUCACUCAAGAAGAAUAUGAGUAUGAGGUAAACAAGUAUGAUAAGAUAUGUGAGGAAGCAUACAUGCUGGCCAAGAAAGAGAUCUCUGUCUCAAACAAGGACUGGCUAGACUCACCCUGGGAAGGUUUCUUUGACAACCGUGAAGCUAUGGUGCUACCUAAAACCGGUGUGGAAGAAGAUGUUCUCCAACAUGUAGGCACAGUAUUUAGCUCCCCACCUCCGGGUGAUUUCGUCAUACAUGGAGGCUUGAAGAGAAUUUUAAAGAGUCACAUGCAGAUGGUUAAUGAGAGGAGUGUAGACUGGGCUCUUGGUGAGGCUCUCGCUUUCGGUUCCUUACUAAAGGAAGGUAUCCAUGUACGUCUUAGUGGUCAAGAUGUAGAGAGAGGCACUUUCAGCCACCGUCACCAUGUGUUACAUAACCAGCUUGUAGACAAGGACACACACAUCUGUCUGAAUCAUCUAUACAAGGGUCAGGCACCUUACACUGUGGUAAACAGUUCACUGUCCGAAUAUGGUGUACUGGGAUUUGAACUUGGGUAUGCAUUGACCAAUCCCAACUCUUUGAUUCUGUGGGAAGCUCAGUUUGGAGAUUUUUCCAACACAGCCCAGUGUGUGAUAGAUCAGUUUAUAAGUAGUGGACAGGCAAAAUGGGUCCGUCAGAAUGGUAUUGUUCUCCUUCUUCCUCAUGGCUAUGAGGGAAUGGGACCUGAACAUUCUAGUGCACGUCUUGAGCGAUUCCUUCAAAUGAGUAAUGAUGAUCCAGAGCAUUUCCCAAAGUUUGAAAAAACUGGAUUAAAUCAGAAAGAGAGUGAGGACUUUGAGAUUCAGCAGCUUCAUGAGAUCAACUGGUUUGUUGGUAACCUGACAACACCUGCCAACUACUUCCAUGCCCUGCGUAGACAGAUUGCCCUACCUUUCAGAAAACCUCUUGUACUUAUGACACCAAAAAGUUUGUUACGUCUGCCUGAAGCUAGGUCUAGCUUUGAUGAGAUGGUAGAAGGCACAGGCUUUGUCAGGAUGUAUCCAGAGCAAGGCCUGCCAUCUGAAAAUCCCAAGGCUGUAAAGAAGCUUAUCUUCUGCACAGGCAAAGUUUACUACGAUCUAGUGAAGGAAAGGGAAAAGUUGGAUUUGGUUGAUAAAAUAGCCAUUGCUAGAAUUGAACAGAUUUCACCAUUUCCAUUUGAUCUUGUGAAAGAUGAAAUGUUGAGAUACCCAGGUGCAAGAAUGGCAUGGGUGCAAGAAGAACACAAGAAUAUGGGGGCAUGGUUUUAUGUUGAGCCUCGUAUGCGUACAGUACUGAGGAAAAUUGCUGCAACUGAUCAAGCAAAUGAAAAAAUGGCUUCAAAGAAAGUAGAAUAUAUUGGUCGCUACCCAUCGGCAGCAACAGCUACAGGAAACAAGAGCAAACAUUUGUGGGAAUUUGGUGAAUUCAUGAAACAUGCCAUGCAGAUGAACUAAGUUACAACAACAGCAAAACUGUUACAUUUACUGAAAUAAGGAAAUAGGAAAUACACUAUUUUUAACAUUCACUACAUAAUUUUUGUAUAUAUUCAAUCAUUAAUGAAAAGAAAAGCUAUAAUUAUGUCAAUAAUGAAUUAGCUUUUAUGACAAAAUGAUGGUUUAUUAUGUUUUAUCUUUGGACUGAACCCUGUGGCUGACUGUUAGUUAAAUUGGACUUAUUUUUUUAGCGUUUGCAACAUAUUAAAAGGAUAUUUAAUAUUUGAUCUGAAUUAAUACACAUCCGAGUGAUCAUUCAGUAUUGUGAGAUUUGAUUAUGAAUUAUUCAUAUUUUUAUUGCCUUACAGUGUUACUUUCUACUUUGUUAUAAUUGCACUGUGCGGUAUUUUAUCUCUCAUUUAAGGAAAUCUGUACAAGAACAUCCAAUCAAACAUGUUGUAAUAUUUGGUGCACAGUAAUUCGGAAGCUGUUGUAAUUGAAAGGUCACAUGAUGAUAUUUAAUGUAUAUUUCUGUAUUGUCUCUAUUGUGUAAUAUUAUUAAAAUUAUCUAAAUUAUUAAAGCUUUUUUAACCAAAUGGCAAACAUAAGAAUGAAACUUGUCCAGAAUUUGUACUGUUAUAUGUGAGCAUGAUUUUUAAGAAAUAGCAUUAUUAUAUUAUGGGGUAAAAGUGAUUUCUUGCGCAUAUGAAUAUUAAGUUAGUAUAUAUUUUUCAGAAUUACAUAUUUCAAGUAGUGCUUUAUUAAAUGGCAAAAUGUCUAGAAUAUUUUUGUUUUGCAUAAUCUGGAAGUAUAGAGGUAUUGGUGUUUUAAAGUAGAUACUAUGUCAUGUUUUUAGUUUUUGAAUCCCUAAGGCAGUGCCUAUUUGUUAUUAUUAAAAGUAAAUGUUUCUGUCCCUUGUGUUGAGCAUAAUGCAGCAUUAAUGUUAUUUAAGGUGAAAUGUAGGAUGAAGUUACACAUAAUUGUUUUUGUUUCUUUUUGGUCAGAUUUUCGGUAUCAAAUGUUGAUCAUUCUAUAAGUUUUUCCAAACUUUAUUAAGGAUCUGAGUUUUGAAGUACUCAUCUUGUCUAGUAAAUUCAAGUGUUAUUUUUUUUAAUAUUUCCAAGCAGGCCUAGUAAAUUAAAAGUUAAAAUUUAAUUAAAUAAUUGGUUUGAAAUGCUUAAUGUAUCAUUGCCAUAUUUCAUAUAAUUUUGUACCGUUAUGUGUCUUAUAAGAUUGAACUUUGUGGAAAUCUAUGAUCUGCCCAAAAGAUAACAAAUUUGUUAAAAAUAUUCCAAGUAGGAGCUUAUUUGAUUUUUUUUUGCCAAGUUUUUGAAAUGCACCAAAUAAUUGUAACAUCAGAUCAUUCUUUUAUAUAUUUUCAUGGCUUUUAUUAUUUUAUUUGUUUUAUUUAUUAUUUUCUCUUGAGUUUUAUUCAUAUCACAAGGCUAUUUCCGAGUGAAAUCAGUGACAAUGACAAAUUUCACUAUUUCAGAGUGAAGUCACAUUGAAGUAUCUGAUAUGCAGUGAUAUUUUGUUUAUUUUGUAAAUUUCCUUAUAUACAUCAACUUAGUGAUUGGUGCCAAAACAGUCACAAAUGACGGAUUAAGAUAAUAAAUGCCACAUCUUUGGUACUAAUCAAAUUUGAUACUAAUAAUAGGAUCAGAAACAAGAUGAAUUCUUCAUACUAUUAAAGGCUGGUACAAGUACAGAUGUGAAAAAGACUGUCAAUAGUAGAUAGUGGAAUUCUUUCAGGCACACAUUUAAUCUGAGCUUGUAACCAACUCUUGUUUUGUAAAUUGUAAAUACAGUGAUUGCUAUUUAUUGCAAUUUUAGAUAAAGACAAUAAAAAUUCUCUUCCAUGUUA